AUGGCACGCCUGCCGAACACAUGGCUCUUCAAGUGGAACACCAUCAGACCAGCAGAUUUGUGGAGUGGCUGGUCGCGCUGGAUGAUGGGCAGCUUCUCUUUCGCCAAGGUGAUGGUAGACAGUGAAGCGCAGACCGACGCCAAUGGCACUGAGAGUCAGCUGAGCGAGCUGGCCAGUCAGCUGCAGCGCGAGAAGGCAGCCAACGCGGAGCUCUUGCAGCUGCUGCUGAAGGAUGAGCCGAGCCAUAUGUGGUCUGUGUGCUCUCCUUCUGCCAGCGAGAUGAGGAUGCGCUCCGCUGCGUUCUUGCAGUUGGCCAGGAUGGCCAAAGCAGCAAAGAAGCAAGGCCAGAAGCAAGGUGGAGGAGAUGCGCGAUUGCGGUGCAACCUCAUCCGGCAGAUGGUGGAGCUGAAAGCAGACCUCACAGCCAGGGACACGACAGGCCUGGAGGCGCGAGCGACAGUCGACGGCAGCGGGCUGCAGCUUGGCUCAAGCGGCGUUGAAGCCAGCCAGCGAAAAGGGAAGCAGAGCUGCCAGCUGAAGUUCAUGCGGCUGACAGCCAGCUCGCCAGCUGUGCAACAGCCCAGUGCAGCCCUCCUGCCCAUCACGACAGCGAAGCCAACAAUGCGGCUGACAGCCGAAGAUGAAGAAGCUGCUCCCGGCAGCCAGAUAGGUCCUCUUCCCAGUGAGGGCUCUCCUGCUGACUCAGCUCCAACAGAAGCCAUGGAAAAAGAGGGAAGCCCAAUGUCUCCUCCAAAACAACCUGAUGAUGAGUUGCUUGCGGAGAUGACUGCCAAUGAGGCGAAUGUUGGGAAGGGCUUGGGUGUGAGCAGCCCCAUUCUCCUUCAACCAACUGCGCUGCUGCUGAGGCAAAAUGCUUUCCUUGAAGGUGAAGAUCACUACGGACCACACACACCUGUGCCAGCUCAGGCCCAUGCCUAUGGGCCCAUGACAGGGAGCCGACGGAAGGAAAAUGCAGCUACCCACAUGCUGCUUUUCAAAUGGAAACACCAUCAGACCAGCAGAUUCGGGGAGUGGCUGGUCGUGCUGGAUGAUGGGCGGCUUCUCUUUCGGCGCAUCACACGCGGCAACAAUGUUGCUUGGGACGGCCAGAGCCGCUUUGGGCGGCUGGACGGACCUGGCCGCUUUUUUCGCCUGCUUGGCUUUCGUUGUUGCGCUGGCGCCAGGGUUUGGAACCUCCUCUUCAUGCCUGACCCUGUGCGAUCUGUCUUUGGUGAAAGUGUCUGGACUGACCAAGAGCGACGUCGGUCUGCUUGGCUCUUUGGCAUAGCAUCUAUUCCAGAGCUGACCUUUGACAACUUGGAGCAGCUGAUUGCUAUGGCGCCAGGCCUGAAAGCACGUGCUUUGAGGGCGCGUUUGUUGGCUCCACCUCCGGCAGUUCCAGCUGUUAGCCAGAUUCCGUCGCGGCAAAGGCCCAGGCGCUCUGUGCGGCUGACAGCCAGCCAGGGCGAAGAGAACUGCGACCCGAAGCGAAAAGGUAUCCUGCGUGGGCCCGGGCUCUUUGCUGUCUCCUGCCCGUGCGCGCUUCACCAUAGUGCGCUUUUGGGGCUAAGCGGAGAGCUGCUGGAGCUGGAGCUGCAGCCAGAAAGCACCGUGAGGGACUUGAAAGCUCAGCUGAAAGCCAUGAGUGCGUUGGAUUUCUCCGAACGCCUGCUACUUAGCACCAUGGAGAUCCUGUUCGAUGGCAGAACGUUGGAAGAGGAUGAAACCCUGAGCCAGAUUGCCGGGGAGCUACACGUGCUCUUUGUGCCAAUUCCAUCCGUGGAGUGCUCCAGCCGAAAGAGCAGUGGCCUUGCAUGUCCAGAGGAGGGAUUGUUGGUGGUGAAAAUCCCUGACGGGGUGAUGCACAUUGAAGCGAAAGCCUUCCAAUGCUGCAGGCUGCUGGUCAAGGUGACCAUCCCCGAGACGGUCACUCACAUCUUUGAGUUUGCCUUCAGAGGUUGCGGCUCCUUGACCAGUCUCAACAUCCCUGAUUCUUUGACUUGGAUUGGCACCAGUGCCUUCUCUGGCUGCAAGUUCAGCACCUUGACGCUUCCACGUAGCCACUUGAGCUACGUGGAACGAGGCGCCUUCCAGUUCUGUGAUUCAUUGGUGAGUUUAGAGCUACCCAAGACCUUGACUGUGAUUGAAGAGCAGGUGGGGCAUGGUUGA